GUCAUCUUCUCCUCCAUGACAUCGCUGCAGAGGGAGGAGUUCUUCGAGCUGGUGGCCACGGCUCAAGCUCGCCGCCUGGAGGACCAGAGGGCACACUUGCAGAGGCUCCCGCGGGCCAAACCCAAGGCCAGAAGUUUCCGGGGCAGCCUAAAGCAGCUGUCUUUGCCCAGGAGGCCUCCGAGGGCCGCUCCCGUCCCCAAGGAGGACCUGUACAACAUGAUCCUCACCACGCAGGCCCAAGGCAGGCUGGAGGACCAGCGUAGUCGGGCCCCGGGGCCCAUGGAUGACGAGGACUUCUUCUCCCUGCUGCUGAGGGUCCAGGGGGGACGCAUGGACGAGCAGAGGACUGAGCUACCAAACCUGCUGCACAUUUAAGAUGUGGAAGGAACCGGGGCGGAGAGAGUCUGGCUUUUUUUUAGGUCAACGUGCUUUUCUUCUAACGCGUCACUGAACGUCUGCUUGGAAUGUUUGAGCCCUUUUGACCACGGGAAUCACUCUGGAACACAAAAAUAAUAAAAUAUCAAACGUCUUGCUUCCUUUA